GAUGUGGAGGUCAGUCGCUCAUCUCAGCAACUAGCAGAGCAGUCCCCCUCUCCCCGCCUCCUCCCCCUGAACCUCUCUUCUUCAGACACAGUUAGUGUUUUCGCAUCGCACUCCGUCGGCGCAUCCCGCGAGUCACGUCUCGCUGCGUGGUCUCCCAUUUUUUUUUCUUUUUUCGGGUGGCAGGUGUCCCGGUGCGUCGUCGUCCGAACACCGGACCCGGACAAGUGAUGCUCUGAGCCGCACUGUUGCUCCGCUGUCGCCUCACACCUCUGCAGCAAACCUGGCUGGAAAUGCUCCCGUGCUCCUGGAACCGGCUUCGUUCAGAGGUUAGACUCUCAGUCAACAGAGGGCCACAGCCACAAACACAUCACCCACCCUCCUCCUGGCUGGCAAGAGUCGUCCGUCUGCCUGCGCUCGUUUAAACGGCAGUGAGGACAGACAGAGCUGAGCAGUUCAGCACGUGAGACUGUGUUUGUGCCUGUGUGCGUGUGUGUGUGUGUGUGUGUGUGUGUGUAUGUUUGUGUGUAAGGGGCUAGUGUUGACCAGGCUAUGAGUGCGUGUCAGAGGGAGAGCCGUUCGAUGCUGAGUUGAGCAGAGGGAGCACAACAGGAGAAAACUGUAAGAGGAGCAGUCAUGGGGCUCGGACAGUCCAGCAAGGCUCCGGUCACCGAUGACACGGACGAGGUCAAUUUCGACCACUUCCAGAUCUUGAGGGCAAUAGGAAAAGGAAGCUUUGGAAAAGUCUGCAUUGUGCAGAAGAAGGACACUAAGAAGAUGUACGCCAUGAAGUACAUGAACAAGCUAAAAUGCGUGGAGCGGAACGAAGUGAGGAAUGUCCUGAAAGAGCUGCAGAUCAUGCAGAACCUCGAACAUCCAUUCCUGGUCAACUUCUGGUAUUCCUUCCAGGAUGAGGAGGACAUGUUUAUGGUGGUGGAUUUGCUCCUGGGAGGAGACCUGCGCUACCACCUCCAGCAGAACGUCCACUUCUCAGAGAACAUCGUCAAACUCUACAUCUGCGAAUUGGCCCUGGCUCUGGGAUACCUCCGCACCAAGCGCAUCAUACACAGAGACAUCAAACCUGACAACAUACUACUGGAUGAGCAUGGGCACGUCCACCUAACAGACUUCAACAUUGCGGCCAUAGUAAAAGAAGACCUGAAAGCAACGUCCAUCGCUGGGACCAAGCCAUACAUGGCUCCUGAGCUUUUUCAGACCUUUGAGGGGUUCCACCCUGGCUACUCCUUCUCUGUCGACUGGUGGUCGCUGGGCAUCACAGCCUAUGAGCUGCUAAGAGGACAGAGACCAUACGUGAUGAGAUCCAGCACACCAGCUAAUGAGAUCCUUCAGACCUUCCACAAGGUCCACCCCAGCUACCCAGCAGCCUGGUCUUUGGAGAUGAAGUCCCUUCUCAGAAAGUUGCUGUGCAUAGAUGUCCAGAAGCGUAUUUCCUGUCUUGCGGAGCUACAGGAUCUGGACUACAUGUCAGACGUCAACUGGGACGCUGUUCUCAGCAAACAGCUUCCUCCAGGCUUUAUUCCCAACCGGCGGAGGCUAAACUGUGACCCUACAUUUGAGCUGGAGGAAAUGAUCCUGGAGUCCAAACCGCUUCACAAGAAGAAGAAAAGGCUCGCUAGAAAGACCAGGGACCAGGGAUCUGAUGGGUCCCCACAGAAUGGUCAGUUGCAGCAGCGACUGGAUAAUGUCCAGAGAGACUUCAUCGUCUUCAACAGAGAAAAGUCCAGGAAAGCAGUGGUGGACUCGGAGUCUUCUGAGCUGUCCACGAGCGAGAAGAACAAGGCAAUAGAGGACGGACAGAACAACAAUGUUGAGCCGGCUGCCUACUUACCAGGAUAGGUCUUAUGACCCGAGAUUCCUACUUAUUCCCUUAUCACUUGCACCUGCCCACAGCUUGUAGAUCAGCAAUUUACACCUAGACACCUAUUGUUCUAUCAGCACAGGCACUCAGAACUGGUCUUCAGUGUUCCUGCACCACUAUUUCAUCUAAACAAAUACAAAUGCAGCACUGUAUGCACCUGUGCAUCACUGUUCAGCAAACAACUUUAAUUAAAUUAAAAAAAUUAAAAAAAAAAAACACAUUAUCAAAAGCUCCAGAACUGCAGGAGUGAAAUGGACUCCUGGAGCAGCAGCCAUGCCAGAGCCAGGCUUUUAUGCUUUCUUGUCACCAAAAACAAUGACUCUCUGCAGAGUGUCACCCAUGCCAUGCUCCCUUACAUCACUCUGGUGCUCUAAGGUCUGCUCAACCUCUACUCUGGGCAGUGUGCUGAAGUGAAAAGGAGGUCACUUCCCUGCCAAAAAAAAGAUAAAGAAAAGGAGACCAUGCCACACCUGCUCAGCUAGCAAAUAAGUGUCUGAUGUGGUCAACUGUGGCUGAAAGCUGUUUGUGAUGCUGCUGUCUUGAGCGGAACAAGGCAUUCUUUCUGGUUAAUUACAGAUAUUUAAAUUAAACAAUGGUUCUCCAGUGCUACACUCUAUAUAAUGGCACAAGGAGUUGGUUUGGCAACGUACUGUACACUGGAAAACAAGCACUUGGGUGGACGGCUUCGUUUCAUGCGAUUUACAUGACUUGAGAGUCGAGCAUGACACUAAGAGUACAAAACAUUCAAACGGAGAGGUUAUUAAAAGGUAAAACGAGGCCUUUUGUUUUUACCACAGCAACCACAGAUUCCUCUAAGAUAGAAAUUCAAGAGCUGAACUGUAGGCUUGAGCGCGAAUGGCUCACUUUAUCAUAGCAGCAGAUACAUGGUUGCAAUGGUCAUUAUGCUAAGCUUUGCUAGUCAAGCUAACAAAGAUGGUAGGACUGCAACAUCUGGUACAAUGAACCAGCUUUAUCAGCUGCAGAUAUAGGCAAAACACGAUCGAAGAUUUCUUUACUUCUCUAUGCUUUAACUUACUAUUGAGCCAAUACAGAAUUUUGAAAUGCAGUUAACAAACAAUGGUUUUAAAAUUAAGCUUGAAGGUCUAUUCCUGACCUUAAAAGUUUAUAUGGGGCUGCUUCGGUCAGGCCAUCAGUCGUGGCUUAAAGCUUCGACCAAACCACUGAUGAAAGGUUUUCGUCAAACUGGUUUUAAAAAUCCCUUAAAACGGUGACCAUUUGGACUAACCUUUGCCUCAAUCUGCAAAUGACCAGCUGGGUCUUCAAUUACAGCUAUGAAUACAUAGAAAAGAUAGCUGGUAGAUGUUAUAUGUUCUGCACUGAAUCCUGCUUUGCACAUGCUUCUUCAUCAACUGUAGCAUUUAUGCACAGAGAGACAAACAAAAAAAAAAUCUUAAACUGUGAGUGAACACUUAUUCCCUUAGGGAUGGUUUUAUAGACAAGGAUUAAGCUGAGUCCUAGAUAAGAUUCAUCUUUCAGUUACUGUCUGCAUUAAAAUUUGUUUUUGUCACGUAAUAUUUUUAAAUGUCCUUCCUCUCUUUUUUGUUGUACAAUCACAUCUGUGCCACCAGAUAAGUCUGUAAAUUUGUUUUGCAAUUAAUUGCUCCCACAGAAGAAUAAGGCAUUUGCAGUCUGCUUCUGCAACAACAGUCAUGUGCAGAUGGUAUUCAAGAGUAAUCUGAAAUUCAGCACCAGCUGGAUAACACAGCGGGGGGGAGGGGAAUUAAAUCUCAAUAUUGAUUUUCACAAUUUUUCAAACUCAUGGUUAUUAACAAGAAAACACUGAAGGAAACAAAUAAAUACCAGGCAAGGCAACACCCCUCAUUCAUACUGUGAGAUUUACUGGGACUUGGGUAAAACCACGUCAAAGGAGCCACACCUGCCUCUGACGCUGGCAGAGGGAUGCCUUAUACCGUAGAUAUGGCACACGCGUACGUGGAGGUAGUAAAAACCUGCGCUUUUUUCACAAACAGUAAGUAAAUGUGAUUUCUACUAAUGCCUAGUCAUUCUAUAUUGACCUUGAUCUUAUCUCUCUGCAAUAUGACUCAAUCCUUUCAAGUCUAUUAAUACCUGUAAUUAUAUUUAAAACAUUUUCAAUUCAAAACUGUUGGCACUUUUCUAUUGGAAAUUGGUACAAUGUUUUGACUUACCUUUGUGUUGUUGUUGUUGAUGUUGUUGAUGUCGUCACUGAUGUAAUUUUACAGCUCCAAAGGUGGUUUCCUGUAUAAGUUGUAAGAUAAAGUGGGAAAGUUAGAUAGGUGGAUUAAUCAUAGAUAAACCCAGAGUCAAUAAUAUUUGUGAAUAAUUAUCAUAAUUUGUUCAUAGGAGCACCACAUUGGUUGAGUAUUGUUGCAUCAAUUUGACUGGUAAUCAUCUGAUGUGGCAGAUUUGAUCCUUCCAAAAAGUGAAGGUAUUAAAUAAUCAUUGACAAAUAGUAUUUGACCCAGGUAAUAAAAUUGUUCAACAAAACGUCUACCUAAAAAAAUUAUUUAGUCUGGGAAUAGAAUUGUUCAACACUUGUGAAUUUCAUCCCUGUUUUGUUGUCCUUCAGUUGUCACUGUGUGUUUAUUGUAUUCAAAUGUGAUGGAGUUGCAAACUAUUAAGGUGUGCCUUAAAUAAUGACUUUCUUUUUCUGAACCAA